AACGUAAUGUAAACAAAGGAUCCACCUUAAGAUACAACUCUCCUUUUAUGACCUUUCAGCCUACACUAGUGCAAACACCCUUUGGCCAGUAUUAUAUCUUAGGAUAAUAUAUUGAGAUAAAUAAAUUGGAACAAUUAAGCCGGGAAAAAAAUCCACUGUCAUCAAUGUAAGUUCGUGUCGGUUUAUGUAGCUUUUCAAAUGAGUACCUGUAAAGAGGGAGAGAACAGGGAGCCCCCAGCAAAGCUCUGUAACACGAUCGACGCUUCAAGACCACCAGCAUCACAUGGCAGAUGGAAAUUUCCACUCAGUUUUCUUGCUUGUUAAACGGGAAGGGUCUCCCACUCCUGUUUCCACACUGGUCUGCCUCCUCCCCCCACAUGCUGCAGUUGUCCGCUACGCUUAAACAUUAGGUAACAAGGUCUAGCAGAGAUUGAGGAAGAAACGCAUCAUCGCCUUGUAAACAAGCCCUGAAAUCCUGACAGCUGAAUUUUGCUGCCUCUUGUCCUGCUUUGCACCACUAUGCCAGGAUUCAUGGAUCGUAUGGAGCUAAAGAAAGUCUCCACAGAGGCUGAUGAUGACAGCACCAACAGCCUGGAUGACUGCUACACAGAGCCCAUUGACUCUGAGAAGGCUACCAUCAGCAGCCAAUUUAUAGAUGAUAAUGAGGAUGGAGAAAGCCAGAAGUUCCUGACAAAUGGGAUGAUGAAGAAGAAGAAGUAUGAGGAAUACAAUGAAGAAUAUCACCCAGGUCACACAUCCUUUGGCAUGUCUGUCUUUAACUUGAGCAACGCCAUCAUGGGUAGUGGCAUUCUGGGCUUGUCCUUUGCAAUGGCAAAUACUGGCAUUGUUCUAUUUACAGCCCUCCUCAUCGCUGUGGCCAUCUUCUCCUUGUAUUCUGUACAUCUCCUGCUUGUGACAGCAAAAGAAGGAGGGUCCCUUAUUUAUGAAAAGCUGGGAGAGAGAGCAUUUGGUUGGCCUGGAAAAAUAGCAGCAUUUGGAUCAAUAAUUAUGCAGAAUAUUGGAGCCAUGUCCAGCUACCUCUUUAUUGUGAAGUACGAGUUGCCUGAAGUGAUCCGAGCCUUCUUGGGUUUACAAGAAAACUCUAGUGAAUGGUACCUGGAUGGAAACUACCUGGUGGUGUUUGUGUCGAUAGGAAUCAUUCUGCCUUUGUCUCUCCUUAAAAAUCUAGGCUACCUGGGUUACACUAGUAGUUUUUCUCUUUCCUGCAUGGUAUUCUUUCUGGGAGUGGUGAUCUACAAGAAAACGCAGCUGCCCUGCCCUCUUCCAUUCUUUUACCACCACUCAAACCUCAGCAUGAAUGCCUCAGAUAUGCCUGGGUUAUAUUCUAUACAAAACCAGUCGGCACAAAUGGAUUUCUCCCAAGAUGACAUUUCCUCAGCGGUUUUGGGCAGCCAUGACACUCAUCAUUCUACAGGCGUCCACUUUGAAUCUCAUCCUGAUGAUGAGGAGAUGUGCACACCCAAAUACUUUGUCUUCAACUCACAGACAGCGUACACUAUACCCAUCCUGGCCUUUGCCUUUGUCUGCCAUCCUGAAAUCCUGCCUAUCUACAGUGAGCUGAAAGAUCGCAGCAGAAAAAAAAUGCAGAACGUUUCCAACCUAUCCAUCUUGGCUAUGCUCGUCAUGUAUAUGCUAUCAGCGCUGUUUGGCUACCUCACCUUUUAUGAUAAUGUGGAAGCAGAGCUGCUUCACACCUUCACCAAGGUGUAUAAAUUUGACACUUUACUGCAGCUGGUCCGUUUGGCUGUUCUCACUGCUGUCACUCUGACCGUCCCCAUCUUGCUGUUCCCUAUCCGUUCCUCCAUCACAACGUUGCUAUUCAGUGAUCGAGAGUUCAGCUGGAUUCGCCACAUAGUGAUUGCCGCUGGUAUUCUGGUCUUCAACAACUUACUGGUCAUCUUCGUCCCCACCAUCAGAGACAUCUUUGGCUUCAUUGGUGCCUCUGCUGCCACCAAUCUUAUCUUUGUCUUACCUGCUGCUUUUUACAUCCGUCUGGUAAAGUCAGUGCCACUUCGCUCCCCACAGAAGAUUGGGGCAACUAUCUUCCUAGUGGUGGGAAUCAUCUUUAUGAUCGGCAGCUUGUCACUCAUCGUCCUUGACUGGGUCCACAAUUCCCCAGGCUCCAAAGACCAUCACUAAGACCCCCACCCCACCCAAGAUUCACAGUAUAAAGUGCCCAACACCAUCAUGUCUUUUCUCCCACUGUGUCAGCUCGUCAAAGGUUUGAGAUACGUGACUCCCCUUUCCUUCAAAAAACACUGAUUAUAAAACCUCAAAGUGUGUACAUAAUAUGCUGCACAGGAUUAAGAUGCAGUUUUUCCCUCAGAGAAUAUCACUGGAGGGAAACUUUCUGCCACAGUUUAUAUAUAUAUAUAUAUUUUUUUUUUUUCCUUUUCCUCCUGGAUGUGCCACAACAUAAACCCAUGGAGAGGGUAACAGACACUGGUUUAAUGUGCCACCAAGACAUGCUAAAAUAACCAUCACUGUUAUCUCCAGCUGUGAAGAGACGGAACAAACACAUUGCAGGGCAGGAAAGUUCCUCAACCCCCUGUGCACUUGAAGGAGACAUAUGGAGGCAGAGAGUCAUCGUCCAUAAAAUUUCAGCAAAUUAUGUGUGUAGAGCUAAUACACACAUGUAGAGAUGUUAAAACACAUCUACACCUGCAUUUUCAAGUAACUAGCCAUGAAAAAAUUGUGAAAUUAAUCAAGGAAUCAGCUCAUCUCAAAGCAACAGUUAAUCAAUAACUUAUUUCACUCAUAUAGAAUGUUUAUUCAAGCAACUCUGGUUACAUUUACUGUUCUGCUACAUGUUCACAAUCAGAAACUUUGCCAAAGUUUGUAUGCACACGUUAUUCUGUUCGAUCAUCUAGAGCUUCCCAGCUCCACACUCUCAAGGAUCUUCUUUGCCAGGUGUUUUCAUCCUGGGUGUGUACAUGAAGCGAGGAAAUGCUUUUAGUAUUACUGUCACAGAGGGAUUUGAAUAUGCAAGGUAUGAAUGUACAUAAUUAGGUGUAUCUACUGAAAAAAUAUGUUGUACUAUUAUCUUACUUGACCUCACACAUUUCUUUUCCAAUCACCACCAAUUGAAAUUUCUCACUAUCUAAUAUGUCAUUCAAAUUUAAUAUAGGAAAAGCUUCCUAGCCUCCUUUUAAAACAUGAUUAUGUACUAUUCAGCUUAAAAGUUUGUUUUCUUGCAUAUUCUCUUUCUUGCAGCAAGUUGGAUGAGAAUAUUGAUACCACCCUCUUGAAUGUACAGUACAUAUGAUGCUAACAUUACAGACAGCAGGCAAAUAGUUUUGCAUAAAGACUGGCAGCAUAUGAAAAGAGCUAGCUAGCCUCAUGCAAAACCAUAACUUGAUGUUUUUAACUUAAAGGUGGGGUUGGUGAUUCUAUUCAGAAGCAUUUUUGUUACAUUAUUUGAAAUUCACUUUUGAUCCUAAUGGCAAUGAAUAUAUUAAAUGCACUGACAACAUAAAGAAAAAACCUGCCCAGUAAUUCUUCUCAGUUCGAGCAAAACCAUUGAAUGGCCUACCUGCCUGUCAACCUACGUCCUAUUUGCGCACACUCUGCCCUUGCACUCAAUGCACAAGCCAAGAGUCUCCUACAUGGUGCUGCAGGCAGAUACUGUAUGUUACUGCUCUGUAUUUAUAGCUAAAGCCCAUGAGCUGUGGUAGAUAAGGUACCCACAGCAGCUUUCUGUUGUAACAGGAGACCGUAUUUGAGAAAGUUACAACUAAAAAGAAGUUGGAUG